AUGGGCGCUAACAGUUACAAGGGACUUGUGGUUUCAGGUGACACAUUACAUUGCACUGAAUGUACAGACUUCUCUGGAAGAUUCUGCUCUGGGGAAUCAGUGACCUGUCCUAUAGACUCAAAUGUUUGCAUGUCUAGUUUGGUCCAGUAUGAGAUAAAUUCUACAAGUCCUCAAAUCCAGACAAUUCUCCAGUAUAUAGGAACCAUUUCCCCAUUGACCUUUGUGAGGGGCUGUGGAUAUUCAGAAGAUUGUACAGAGGUGGUUGUACUGAGAACCCCAGAUAGCAAAAUAGUGACAAGAAGUGUGUGCUGUAAUUCAGAUCUGUGCACCCCGGACACCCCUGCAGGAUUUCCUGAAGCCCCCAAGAACAACAUCACCUGCCCAGGAUGUCUCCAGGUCAACCGAGGGUCUUGUCAAGACUACUUACCUGUACAAUGCAGAGGCAAGGAGGACCACUGCUUCUCCUACACCCUGCAGCUGAAUAACAAUGUGACCAUUACCAUGGCAGGGUGUGCCACGAGGACAGCCUGCAACCUGGACCUCCAGGAGGAUAGGAGGAAGACCAUAUGCACCGCAGGGAUUAUGAAUGGAGCUGGAAGUGUCUACAGCUCCCUGCUUCUCCUCACAGCCACCCUCGUUAUUAUAAUAACCUCUAUAUGA